GUCAGGUAUCACAUCUCAUGCAUAACCAUGGAUUUAAGGAUGAGCAACCACAUUUAAUAACUUCUUAGGAGCAUUGUCUAGAGAUCUUUUGUCAUAAUUUGUAUCAGUUCCAUAAACCAAUUAUUUUUUAAAUUGUUUUGGGGAAUUAACUUCUUCUGCAGAGAACUGAUUAUCUUAUUUGUGUUUUCAAUUUUAUAAGUAGCUGUUUGACUGAUUUCACAGAAAUAUCGACAAAAAAAGGGCAUUUAUUAGAAAGUUUAUGGUAACCCUUUCUGUCGUCGUUUCCGUUAUCAAGCUUUCCGGAAGAACUUUUUUUCCACAAACAAUGCUUCCAGCUAGCUUCAAGGAACUAUACAAUAGUAGAAACGAUUGUUAUAAACAUUUCACCGAAGCACUACAUAUUCGUUUUUGUGUAACAACGUUUAUUUUAAAAAACAAUGUCAGUUUCUUUCAGUACACAAAUAGCUGCCAUCAUGGACGUGCUAACGAAGUCAGCUGUUGCAGAAAUAACCAAACUUGUAGACGAGGGCACCGUAGUGCUACGGCUUGAAAUGUGUCGGAAAGAAAAUGAGAUAGAAGGCCUUCAAAAUAGUUUACAGCUGAUGGAAAGAGAACUGAGGGAAGCAACAACACGAGUGACAAAUGACAGGCAACAUGCUGAGGGAAUCCAGGUUGGGAGUGGGACUCCACAAAAAGGUGAUGAAGAGGACCAGAAAUCCCAAACUAUGCCUGUAGAGGACCCAGUGGAGAGCUUCAAUGAGCUGCAGCUGUCUGGACACCUUGCAGGUGCAAGGGGUGGACUGGAGUUUCUGGUGAAAGCAGAGCAGGUGGAAGAACAUGUAGCCCAGGGAACCAUACAAGAUCCAGGAUUCACAGACAGUGUGGACUUUCGAAUGGACGAGAGAGAUAGUCAGCUGUGGUCCUCUGUUACACAAGGACUAAGUGGGAAUAAUUCUGGCCACCCAGAUGGGUCUUACUCUACAGGGGGAUGCUUACAGAUGUUCUCAACUCAGGCAGAUCAAUAUCCCACUCCCAUCCCAUCCCAUCCUUCCUGUAACUCUUUGUCCAUUGUAGGGAAACCACUGGAUGACAUAUUCAGCACUGUCCCACUGAAAGUGGAGCCUGAGAGGCAUCCUGUGUAUCAUGACAAUGACAUGUCUGAGUCCAUACAAGCUGUGCAGGGGCAGUACAGAGAUACUCUGCAUCCUGUUGUGAGGGAGGGCUUGAUUUUACAGCCCAGAAUGCAGCAGCCAGGACCUUCUUCACAAGGGCUCUUGAGAGCAACUGAGAUUACAUCAGAGUCACACUCACACAACCAAGAGCAUAUUCUUAAUAAGAACAGAUUGAAAACAAAGAGGAUGGUAAAUGUUUGGAGAGCUGUACCAAACCAAAAAGUGUUCAUCUGCUCAUUGUGUGGAAAGAGCUUCCACCGCCAUUGUCAACUUGAAGCACACCAGCACUCUCAUGCUGGAGUCAAGCCAUACAGAUGUCUUGAGUGUGGGAAAAGUUUUACUCAGAAAAAUAGACUUAAGUCACAUCAGAGUGUUCACACGGGUGAGAGACCUUUCAGUUGCAGGCUCUGUGGCAAGAUGUUUACAAGGCAGGACAACUGCCAAAGACAUGAGCGAUUUCAUAGUGGACAAAAGCCAUUUAGUUGUGUCCAGUGUGGUAAAAGUUUCACGGUUCUCCGUAACCUCAAACUACAUCAAAAACAUCAAUGUAAAUUUGCCAAUGUCAGAAUUUAAGAUGGCAUGUUGUAUAGUGUUUUCCUCAGCGUUGUACAGUUAAUGAACUGUUUACAUAUGUUGAUUGUUGAGCCGUUCAACUGUACUGAGAUUAACAGGUUUAGGUUUCCAAAUUGUCAUUGGUUUCUACAUUAUGAAUGAAGUAUUAAAGAUGUUA